UUCGCGCUGCUGAAGUACUUCCGGGUUUUACAUGGCGGCUCUGCAGUAAUCCGAAUAGGUUGGAUAACAUUAAAUUGCUGGAAAUGUUCCAUUUAAACGCUUUACCGAGGUUUAGAUCGAUCUCGAGAAAUCAGCAGAUAUUAAGACACAUCCAUCGAGGCAGUGUUUAUUUCCUGAGCAGCUCUCAGACAACAUGCACAACUUCUGCUCUGAGCUACAGCCAUCAUUUAGUGCAGUCACUGCAGAGGACAUCCUCCACAUCCCAGAUCAAUAAGAUUCGAGCCUGCGCGUAUGGACGAUGUUAUUCCUCACGGCCGGGCAGCACCGAGGACGGAGUUCUGAUCUACACGGGCAAUCUGGGCAAGGCCGUGCUCGGUGUGAAGUUUUUCUCGUACUCCAGCAGCAUGUUCAGUUUGUGCAUGAUGCCCCUCAUCCUCACGAAGACGGGCAUCGGGGUGAGCAGCUUUGCGAUGAAGGCUGCGUUCUGCGGUUUUAUCGGCUUCUUCACGUUCCUGACGCCGGUCCUCCUCCACCUCAUCACCAAAGGCUACGUGGUGCGCUUGUAUCACAACAAGGAGACGGACGUGUACACGGCCGUCACGUACAGCGCGCUGCUGGUGGAGAAGAAGACCGUGUUUCACCAGAGUGACGUCAAAGUCCCGGACGUGAGCCGCAUGUUCACGAGUUUCUACGCCAAGAAGCGUUCGAUGCUCGUAAACCCGAUGCUGUUCGACGUGCCACACGACUACAAUCACCUCAUGGGCUACGAUCAGCCUUUCUCCUUCGACCCGGAGGACAUAAAUAAACCUGAUCAAAAUUAGCCGCUGUCACUCUUCAUUUUAAAACUUUAUGAAAAGGACUUGAAAAUGUAAAAAAGUACAAAUUGCUUCGUUUAUCUGGUAAAACUUGGUAUAUCUAUAAUAUUGUAUAAUAUUUUAAACAUUAGCACAUUAUUAAAAAAAAAAAUCCUUGAUAGAAGUGAGUUUUGUCCUCCAUGUUGUUCACUCUGAAAGCUAAGAAGGACAAUGCUCCUUCAAAUUUGUCCAAAAUAAUCAUCUUUAGACCUCAACUGUUUUUACAAUAAUGUUAUAUUAAAUUAAAAUAGAUUUUACGCCGUCUUCUGAAUGGAGGAAGAUCUUUCUGAAGGCUUAUUAAUGUUAGCGUUGAAGAUCAUAAACAUGUCCUGUGAACUCCUCUCAGAACCCCUGUCACGUUAGCUUAUGUUAGCCAAAAAGCUACCUGUGAAAACUAUAAACAUGAGCUUAAAAAUCCUCUAAGACAUCCUGUAUGAUUAGUUUAUGUUAGCUAGCUAGCAUAGCUGUGAAGAUUAAACACUUUUUUGCAAAAAGUCAUCUAAAAUCCUGUCAGGUUAGUCAGUGUUGGCAUUGAGAAUUAUAAACGUGAAUGUGACUUAAAAUCCUCUCAGAAUUCCUGUCGGAUUAGUUAGUUAGCUAGCUAGUUAGCGUAAAACAGAUUUUAUAACUGUUGUAAACAGUUUUUUAUAUUAGCUAGUUAGCUAGCAUAGCUGUGAAGAUUAAACACAUUUUUGCAAAAAAGUCAUCCUAGAAUCCUGUCAGGUUAGCUUAGGUUAGCUAGCUUACUAAUGUUAGCAUUGAGAAUUAUAAACGUGAAUGUGACUUAAAACCCCCUCAGAAUUCCUGUAGGAUUAGUUAGUUAGCUAGCUAGUUAGCAUUAGCAUAAAACAGUUUUUAUAUGUUAUAAACAGUAUUUAACAGGAUUAAAAAUCCUUUCAAGUUAGCUUAUGUUAGCUAGCUAGCAUACAGAUGCCAAUUAAACACAUUUUUGAAUAUAACCCAGAAAUCAAAUAAAAAUCCUGUCAGAAUAUUUUAUGUUAGCUAGCUGGCUAGUGUUCUCAGUGAAGAUUAUGAAUAUUUAAGAAUCUCAGAAUCCUCUCAGGUUAUGUUAGCUACCUAGCUACCAUUAGCAGUGAAGAUUGUACACAUCUCUGAAUAACAUCCUUUCAGGUUAGCAUAUGUUAGCCAGCUAGCUGGAGUUAACAAUGAAGAUAAUGAAUGAAUAUGAAUAGAAUUCUGUCAGGUUAGCUGAUGUUAGCCAGGUAUUUACAGUUAAAAAUAAAGAUUAUAAACCUUUAAUAAAUAUAAUUUAUGCUUUAUAUAAAAGUCUUCAUAUGCUACCUAGCUAUCUAGUGUUAGCAAUAGAGAUGAUAAACAUUUAUACGAAUAUAUAUGAAUAAAAUCCUGUCAGAAAUCCUGUUGUUAGCUCACGUUAGCAAACUGGAUACUGUUCUCAGUGGAGAUUAUUAAUAUUUAAGGAUAUGACUUAAAAUCCUGUCAGGAAUCCUAGCUGUCAUGCUAGCUCAUGGUAGCUAGCAACUAAAUGUGUGACUGUUUCAGACACGUUAGAAAAUGUGUAACUUAUCAAACCAUCUUGUAAAUAAAAGUGUCUAUAAAUAAUCAAGUAAUGAAUUGUCUUA